AUAUUUCGUCCACCGCACUCUGCACAAAUGGAAAAACGAAGUGUAGACUUUGCGGAGCCACUUGUCAACCUAUCCUACAUCAACGACUCACUGCUGAAUGUGUCCGAAGUUUUUGUGAAUUUCUCCAACAGUUCCUCUCGUGCUUUGAGUCUGGACUUUCGCUCUCUCGUCACUUCGGCCACUAUGUUUGGCGUCGGAGUCCUCGGAAACCUUGUAGCUAUCGUGGUGCUUUGCAUCUCCAAGAAAGAGCAGAAGGAGACCACCUUCUACACUCUGGUGUGCGGGAUGGCCAUCACAGACCUGCUGGGCACCUGCUUCACCAGUCCGGUUGUCAUCGCCACUUAUAUCGCGGGCAGGUGGCCGGGUGGAGCGCUCCUGUGCCAUUUCUUCUCCUUUUCCAUGCUGUUCUUCGGGUCUGCUGGGAUGUCUAUUCUGUGCGCAAUGUCCGUGGAAAGAUAUUUGGCCAUAAACCACGCGUACUUUUACUCUCAACACGUGGACCGGGCUAUGGCUCGGUUUGCGCUGAUGGCAACCUAUCUGGCCAAUAUCGUGCUGUGUAUCAUGCCCAGUUUUGGCUUCGGAAAGCACAAGAGACACUUUCCGGGAACUUGGUGCUUCUUGGACUGGCGCGCCAUGGACUCGGUCGGCGCCUCGUACACGUUUCUGUACGGUGGUUUCAUGCUGCUGCUGAUCGCCGUUACAGUCUUGUGCAAUUUCGCCGUGUGUCGUUCACUCGUCGGGAUGAGUAAAAUGAGUCGGAUGGUAAGAGCAGAGGUACCCGGACACGCAGGGUCAAGGCGCGGAUUCAGGUUAACAUCUGCAGCGGAGAUCCAGAUGUUCUGGCUGUUGAUAUUAAUGACUAUUGUGUUCCUGAUAUGCUCCAUCCCUUUAGUGGUGCGCAUCUUCGUCAACCAGCUGUACGAUCCUGCUUAUAUUUCCUCAGGCAAAAGUCCAGACUAUCGCAGUGAUCUCCUGGCUAUACGAUUCGCCUCCUUCAACCCCAUCCUGGAUCCAUGGGUUUAUAUUCUGUGCAGAAAAAAUUUGUUAACCAAAGGCUGUGCGCGACUCAAGCGUACCAUCAGACACAGGAAAGGGGAUCACAGUCGUGUUUUGGGUUGGACGGAUGGUCAACACUCACCUCCAUCGUUGGUACAAAGCAACUGCACCAGUUACGCGUCACUACGCACAGCAAUCUGUAGAAAUGACGUGGGUAAACAGAACUGCAUGAACACUAAAUCUUAUCUAGACUUAACCCUUCGCCAGGCGUGGGACUUUGAUACAGCUCUCGCUCAGUUUCAUCCUUUCAGUGUCGAGCAAAACACUGUAAUGGGUUUUGAUGAAGAUGAAGCAACAUCAAGUCCCAAACUCAUCGCCAAGACUGUUAUGGCAUUACCAGCCACUCAAAUAUUAGAGAAUAAAGCUGAAAUAGUGACCUGCACAUUCAGUACACCUAGUUCUUGUCUAUCAGAAAAGUGCAUGAGACAAUGA